CCAGGCAUUGGCGUUGUUGUAGUCCUUGGCUGACGCUCGCGUUAUAUCCUUCAAAUCGCGUUCGACUCUACUUGAGCUGUCGGCGUGUUCGUGGCUGCUGGAUGUGUGGGAGAAAGGCACUGGGAGUAGGGAAGGUGUUGACGAUGAUGUACUCAGUUUUAGAAGUGCACCAGAAUUUCAUAAUUGUGGGAAUGUCUUUAUGUCUGGAAGUGGACGACGCGGUUACAGCUGCUCAAAACGGGAAAGCUGACAGCGAAGAAGUGCUCCCUAUCGUAACGGUAUUCAACACAACUCAGAGGUUAUGGUUGUACUGGAAAAAUUAUACGGACAACAAUAUAGAAUUUGAGGAAUCGCAAGAGUCCACCCUGCCUGAUUAUGACCCGACGCAGAAGUGUACAUUUAUUAAGAAAUAUAACAUUAGCGAUAGAGACAUCUACUUCUGGUGGGCCACAAUGAUGGGCGACGAUAUGGUGCGAAAUGACUGCUACGGCAACUUCUCUUCAGAAGCUGGAGAAAGUCUUGGAUCUAUGGACUCUUGGGUCCUAUAUGAAGGAGAGACAUCCCCAUUUCAAAAAAUGAGGCUUAUGUAUAUGGAAAAGAACUGCAGCGUGUUUUUCGUUACUUAUCUCGACGAUGACGCUGACGCAGUUUGCGAACUAUACGUCCGAAAUAAAGCGAUUUCUCAAGGGCCAUCGAAGAAUUGCACGAAGUAUUACGACGAUUACUGCAAAAACAAGACUGUGGUAUACAACUCGACGUGUCCGACUGAAGUUGCUAAAGGAGUUCAAGAUAUAAAUAAAUGGAACAUUGGGCAGUAGACGAGCUAGGUUUGCGAACAGAGACUGUAGAAAAUAUCCUAUCGGGUAAGGAGUCAUCUGCGCAUUCAUACGGAUCUUGACACACAGAUACACAGCUUUACAAAAGUAGGCAAGAUAAACUAGGUCACAUGCUCCAAAAAUAAACUUGUGGUC